AUGCCUCCUCUACGAUCUCACAAAGUUACAAUAUUUGUGGACACUUCGGAUACCAAUUUAAGAUGUGAAAUACAUCCCCGCGAAUCGUUGGAGUUGUUCUGUGAAGCGUGUGGAGUACUGACGUGUCGUGACUGCCAGCUUUCCGUCCACCGUGAGCAUGGUGGUCAUCGAUGGGUCGGAGAAAAAGCCGAAUUGUUAAAACCUUCCCUCGCUGAAACUGUCUCGUCUUUCGAAGAGAAAUUACAACUUUUGUCGGAUUCAUCACAGCUCGUUUCGCGUGCCUCUUCCAAAUCAGGCAGUCUUCGUACAAGUGUUGCCGCUGUUAAAGACACCCUUAAAAAGCGCGCGGCUGCCCUUAUCAAAGCGAUUGAAACCCACACCAAACGAUUAGAAGCUGAAGUCGACGAGCGGGCUAAUGAAUACUUAUUUCGUCUGACAAAGGCAGAGUCGCAAAUGCGGGUCCUCCAGGAAAGGAUCGAGUUCACACUUCAGCUGACAAAGAGCCUACUAGAGAAUGCCGAAAAGGAUCCCGCCAGCUUGGUCCAGCUGUCAACACGACUACAAGCUCGUCUUGCCAAUCUUGCCGACCAGACAGAUUGGUUAGUCUCUGAUGAAACUGUCUCUAACGGUGCAGAAACGGACUCCCGCACAUUAACAGAACUACAAAAAACCCAAGGAUGGCGUUCUUCUGCACUCGCACGCGUCCUGCACUUGGAUGGUCAUGACAUGACAGACUUGGUCAGUCAGUCUAUGGUUGUAGUCUGGACACGUGAAAAGGCCCUCAGGUCCGAGUUACGCGAAGGAAAGACAGGCUCUCUUGAAGGUACCUUGUCACCCAGUCGUCUUAGUCCACGUUCACAGCCCACAGGCGUUGGCUGUCGAAUCCUGCUCAGUCUGCUCACACACCCAGAAUCCACUCCCUUCGCAUCCAAUUCUGUCUGUCCUGUUUGCUCCCUCUCGCUGUUUCCGCCAAACUUGACUGAUGAAUCGGUAGAGGAUGACGGUAGUGUCGCAACAAUAUUGCAAGACUGUCCCUCUCAAUGGCCUUUUCAUCAACUGGUCUUCCUUCGUGCCAUUCUGGAGGCCAACUCUCCCAAUAACUCUUCGCCAUUUGCAAAACAUCUGGCUGCGGAUGUUGUCAACAUGGACAUCGGCACUUGGAUUAGUCGUUUGGACAGUGUGCUGGCCGCUGCUACCCAGCCUUCUGAUCAGCCUUUUGCACUCCCGGACGUGCAGAAAGCGGCAACAGUACUGCGUGAUGUCUUAGACACUGCCGUGGAACGCUUCUACCCGACCUUCUUCUCCUCUUAA